AUGUCCCUUUUCAUCUUGCUCAACACUCGGCAUCGCACCUUUCCUUCCGACCCUGGGAGUGUUCUGAAAGGCAGUCUGCAACAGCAUCUGAACGAGCAACAUCAAGGAUACGGUCGGAUCAUCGAUAACCGUACGACUGAAUACUACGAUGCGCUCGAGGCGAAGACGAAAGCCAACUUUCCAGUUCAAUCAAGUGCCAUCGCUAAAUACAUUGGAGGACAAAAAGAGGCAUUGGGAUUUCAGGAUGCCUCCGAUCAUGAAGAUGACAAUCCGCAAGACGGUCGAAAAGUCGCCGUCUGCAUGGAGUGCAGCAAUGCUAUCUCCAUCAAUUAUCCUAGUCACCUCGCUAAGCACUCGGCGGCACACCUCGCCAUCCGACCGUGGAAGUGUUCUGUCUGCUCCCAUACUGCGAAACUGAAAAACCACCUGCAAAAGCAUCUGAACGAGCAACAUCAAGGAAACGGCCGGGUCAUCGAUAAUCGCACUGCCGAAUACUACGAUGCCCUCAAAGCAAAGACGCAGACCAACUUUCCUGAUCGCGCAAGGGCCAUCGCCAAGCACAUUGGAGGCCAAAAGUACGGAUUGGUAAUUCAGGGCGGUUCCGAUGACGAGGAUGACACUCCAGAAGACAACCGACCGAUUGUUCAUCUCCGAGCUGCUGACGACAAAAGUCUCGACGUUCGGCAAAACGUGCAGAAAAGUACAGAAGCUGCAUCCUCAGGUGCUGAUAGGGUGAAGCAAGAAGUGGUGCCGGACGCUGUUCCACCACGAUCCAAAGAGAAAUCGACUCAUCCAACGAUGGCCGAUACUCAACGCGAAGUUAAGCAAGAGCUACUAGAUGUCGAAAAUUAUUCAUUUGAUUUUGAUGUCGUAAUGGACGGAAGUGAGGCGGAUGCUCAUGCUGAUGCUCAUGCUCCGUCCCGCCACCAAAACGAGCAAAAUGUCCGGAAUGAGAAUCUACACAAAAUUGCGGCCGACUCGCCGCAGCCAUACCUCGAAUCGUUGGCGUGGACGUUGGUCAACCUGACGACGCUGCAUGGGGUUCGAAGAUCGUUAGCGGAUAAAGCAGAACUCCUCGACUCGAUCUAUGCGAUCGCGCGGCAGGAUGCCAAUAAACGUAUCAAGGAAUCUGGCGUUGAUGUUCUGCGGAAUCUGUGCUUUGACGAAGCGCUGCACGACAAAUUGCUCGACGACAAGGACCAUUUUCUGGUGGCGCUGCUAACCCCGUUGGCAGACGAGCAGGAUGCGCUGGAUGAUGAGGAAAUUGAGAAAUUGCCGCUGGCCCUUCAAUACUACGAGGGGUCACGCGAGUCGGUGCCGGAAAUACGGCAAAAGUUGGUGGAGGCGCUUUACCAGUUGUGCUCCACGAAACAUGGACGGUGUUCUUUGCGGAAGAAGGGCGCCUAUGCGUUGUUGCGCGAGUUGGACAAGGCUACAAGUGAAAAGCCUGACCCGAAUGCCCCGCCGCCAAAGAUGAGGCCGCCAACGCUACUAGCUCAGGAAGAACACACGUUGCACGCGCUGAUCGGCAUCCUGAUCCGCUACGAGGAGGACCUGGGCAUCGACACCGAGGCCGUCCACUCACUGAAGCAGCUUGAA